UGCCAGAAGCUACCAGGCUUCACGGAUGUGACGUUAGGGCGACACCGGAAGCGCAGCACAGAGGAAAGAAAGAUGGCGAAUCUCGUGGAAGCGACAACAAACAAGCAGUUUGAAGAUUUCUUAGCUAAAGCUGGAAAAUGUCUGACAGUAGUGCAUUUCCAUGCGGCAUGGGCUCCUCAGUGCAUCCAAAUGAACGAAGUGAUGGCUGAGCUGGCCAAGGAACACGCGCACACUACGUUUGUCAAGCUAGAGGCGGAAGCGGUGCCGGAGGUGUCGGAGAAGUAUGAAAUCACCUCUGUCCCCACUUUCCUUUUCUUCAAGGGAGGGGAGAAGGUGGACCACAUGGACGGGGCCCAUGCUCCGGAGCUGACCAAGAAGGUGCAGCGCUGGGCGGUCACUAGGAGUGCAGGUGUAGAUGUGGAGAGCAGCACCACGGACCUGAACCAACGGCUGAAGAAGCUGCUCAACGCAGCGCCCUGCAUGCUCUUCAUGAAAGGGUCCUCGCAGGAGCCCCGCUGCGGCUUCAGCCGGCAGAUAGUGGGCCUGCUGAAGGAGCACAGCAUCCAGUUCAGCAGCUUCGACAUCCUGUCCGACGAGGAGGUCCGACAGGGGCUGAAGAUAUACUCCAACUGGCCCACCUAUCCUCAGCUGUAUGCGAAUGGAGAGUUGGUGGGGGGACUGGAUAUAGUGAAGGAGCUGGCUGAGUCUGGAGAGUUGGAGAACACCUGCCCAAAGGCUGUCACCUUGGAGCACCGUCUGAAAACCAUCAUCAACAAGAGCCCAGUCAUGCUGUUCAUGAAGGGCAACAAGGAGGCUGCAAAAUGUGGCUUCAGCAGGCAGACACUGGAGAUUUUGAACGACACCGGGGUGGAUUAUGACACAUUUGAUAUUCUGCAAGAUGAAGAGGUGCGUCAGGAGCUCAAGACCUAUUCUAACUGGCCAACCUACCCCCAACUCUACGUGAAAGGAGACCUGAUCGGAGGUUUGGACAUACUCAAGGAGCUGAAGGAGAGUGGAGACCUGGUAUCAGUGCUGAAGGGAGAGUCGUAGAUGGGUUUGCCAUGCCAUCAGAGAGGGGGAACGACGAGCACAUGCCCAG